AUGAUCAGCGCCCAGAUCGGAGGCUUACAUGGCGAGAACGAAGAUCUGCGCUUGACGUCGGGCAACUUCCGGGAUCGCUUCCUGUCGAGCCGACUUGCGCGCAGGCUUCACAUCUCUGGGGCGCGACAAGCAGGGGAUGGGGAUGUGGCGCCGAGGUCGAGCGACCCGUUGACGCUCCAAGGCAGUCCUGGCGACAUUCGUCGACCGCACCAGCGCAUCCCGUUUGUCAGGAGCGAUAGCGCCCCGGAACCUCCUCGCCUGAACAGAAGGCGUGUCGAGGUGCGCUCAUUCGCCGCCACAAACUAUGUGCAGGGCGCCGUCAUGGGACCGACCUCUGGACGUGCAAGAUCACGGAGGCCAUCGUCGUCCGCCAACGUACGCCGCGGGCCAUCCACGCUAGACUCAGUCCCGAUGCGAUCAACUCGCGGACCGAGUUCCGCAACACCACCUACAACCUCAGUGCUGAGCGAGAGAAGCACCGCGGCUGCUGUCUCCACCGUCGAUGGACGAGCCUCACAAGGGAACAGCCGGCCGCACAGCAGGGCUGCCUCGUACGCUGGCGGCAGCGGAGGCCUAUUCACCUGCGGCUACACGUCCAGCGUUCGCAGCGGCGCUUCAACACCGAUGCGACAGGCACGCAGCAACAAGAGCCGUAGCGUCAGCCUCCGUGAUCUCUCGGACCGUCUCUUGCACCGCGACCGCGACCACAACCACGGUCACGACAGCGAGACCGACGGUGGACAUCAGCGCGAUGCGGCUGACUUGGGCAGUGCCGCCGAGCCGACGCACGCCUCCGAGGAGAUGAUCGCAACAACGGCGCCGGCGACGCCGCCUGAUGCCGAGGCGUCGGUGCCUGCCUCUGCCAGCAAUCACGAAAGGCCCGCCGGUGAGACCUCGGAGAGCCCGCCGCAAUAUCCUGUGGCUCACAAUGAGCGGCCGAGCUGGCUCUAUCCGGUCAACAGCGUUCCGCAUGCAUCCGUCGUCAUCGAGGCUGCCGAGCCGUGCGGUCCGAUAUCGUUGCUGCCCAGCGCGACACCUUGUCACUUCGCCAAGCUACCGCGCGAACUGGCUCUGCUUUGCUUUGAAUCCUUGAUCGGCCUGCACAUCAACGAGCAUCUGCAACAGAUUGAGGACGGGGCGUGGCGGGGAUCAAUCGCCUUCGGCCGCCGCUGGGUGGGCGUUCAGAGCGCCAUGAGGGAGCUGAUCAGGCUCCGCCGCGUAUCACGCCAAUGGCAAGACUACGUCCUCGACGGACAGCUCUGGCACUCGCUCGAGCUGCCUUCCUUUCCGCACAUGAGCGCCGCUUGCCUGCACCGCAUCGCCCGAGCGGCCGGCCCCUUUGUCAAGACGUUGGACCUUCGGGGCUCGUCUGGCCUGGCAUCCCAUCCCAUGCCCUCGUUAUCAGGGGCUGGACAGCAUGGGGGCAUGACGAGUGCAGGUGCGGGAUCAACGCCGCCCUCGAUAACCUGGUCAAGCCUCGUCGAGCUCAACCUCCAAGGAUGCCGCAACCUGAGCAGCUCGUCGCUUGCCGACUUUCUGCGCUCUACGCCGGGCCUCAGGGCGCUCGAUCUCGGUGGUCUCGACUGCGUCACGGACGGUACCUGCCGCACAAUUUCCGAGACGUUGACGGCGCUCGAGCAGCUCGACAUUAGUCGCUGUGCCAACGUCACUGACGCCGGCAUCGCUGCACUGGUCGCAAGUCCGGGACCGAGCUCGCCACCUUUCGGAGGCUGCCCUCGCGAUACCGCGUCGUCUUUCCGGAUCUUCAGGGCUGCUGGAGUCACGACGCCUGCACCCGAGACAAUGUCGUCGAUCGGCAAGCGGUGGCCCAACCUCGAAGAGCUUGAUCUCAGCCACACGGAUCUGGACAACGCCUGCAUCGCCAGCUGGGUAUCCAGUUGGGGCGACUCGAGACGCGGCAAGGACGCCGACGUUACCCCCGUCGCCGCUACCGACAACGGCGAUGUCAGGGACAGCGCGUAUCACAUCGCGCUUACGCCACGCCAAGCAGGCUCGCUCGAAGACGAAGGACCCAUCCAUCGCCGAACCUUCCCGCGCCUUGUCAAGCUCAAGCUCGGCUCGUGCCCCCGGCUGACGGACGUCGCUGCGUCACACCUGGCAUGGGCCCUUCCGAGCCUCGAGGUGCUGGAGCUGUCGUCUGCUGGCGGCGCCCAGGAUCAACGCAUCAGGGAUGCGGGUCUGUUGAGGCUGCUGCCGUCGGUGCCGCGGCUGCGGAGAUUGGACCUCGAGGGCGCCUCGACCAUCUCUGAUCGCGUCCUAGCCGCCCUCACGCCGCCGCCCUCUUGUGUCGAGGUCAACGGCGCUGCUGUGCCUCCAGAAGGCGUGGCCGCUGCCUCCGGAUCGCUCCGGUUGAACCGCCUUCGUCGGCAGCAAGGGAGGGGCGCUGUCUCGGAUCCCGUCGAAGGCGCACUCCCAAGUCCGUCGUCCGACAUCGCGGCCGGCGCGGCGCUAAUCCCGGUCACUGGGACACAAUUGACCCACCUCGUCCUCUCAUCCGCCAAGCAGCUCAGCGUAGCGGCAAUCAUCUUGCUGAUCCGGGGAUGUCCCAACCUGCAUCACCUCGAGCUCGACGACACGGAGGCCGGCGAUGCGGUCGCACGCGAGUUCGUGCUACUAGCUCGGCGGCGCAAGGCUCAGGGCGCUCAUCUCACCCUGAUCGACUGCCGCGGACUGACGCGCAGCACCAACCUAGAGCUCGCCCACCUCGAGAGCGUCGAGGGAUCUGCCGGCACACGGCCUCGCGCUGGCCGGCGAGGCUGGACGUUCCGACACUUUCGCUACGACGACGCGGAUGCCGCUGCGAUCGAGAGCUCGCGCGCAGCACGCGUGGUCCAGAGUGGCGCUGACAUGGACACCGAGAUUGCCGGCGUCGUCGAUGCCAGCGGUCGACAGGACACCUUGACCUCCUCCGAUCCACGACGCACGAACGGCACCGCCGCGCAUACCAGCACCGCCGCUCUUCGCGCCGUGCUCGGCCAGGAUGAGUGCAAUGCCGACCGGGUCGUCCUGAAAAACUAUUAUGCGUGGGAGUCCGUCCAAACCCGCGCAAGAGCCCGAGAUGCCGGACGCUCCUCGCGCGGGCGAUCCUCGACCACGGCGGCCGCACCUCCUCGUGACCCCAACGACGGCGGCGAGGACACGAACGUACGUUAG